AUGUCUGAUCGUCCUGAUACGCAAAGAACCGUUUCGAAAGAAGAAGGCCAAGCUUUUGCUGAAAAACACAAUUUGCUGUUCUUCGAGACGAGUGCCAAGACUGGGCAGAAUAUUUCUGAAGUAUUCACAACGGUGGCAAGGGACAUUUUUGAGAGAUACAAGUCAAAUCCUUCAAGUGCAAGACGCUCGAUAAACCCAACAGACAGCGUUGACAUUGCUUCAACAACAUCUUCUGCUGCUUCAUGCUGCAUGUAG